AUGGAAGAGAUUCUCGACUUCUCGAAGGAACUCAAUAUUGAGCUCUUUGACCGCGUGGUCGACAGCUUCUACAAAGGCUCCGGUGCCGACCAGCAAAGCGCACAGCGGGUCUUGAACGAAUUCCAGGAACACCCUGAAUCCUGGAAGAGAUCGGAUCACAUUUUAUCCAACUCUAAUAAUGCUCAAUCCAAGUACAUUGCUCUCUCGUGUUUAAACAAACUCAUCCAAUACCGUUGGAAAACUAUACCUGACAACGAAAGAAUUGGGAUUAGAAACUUCAUCGUCAACAUGAUUAUUUCCUUGUGUGACAAUGAAGAGGUCUUUGAGAAGCAGAAGGCUUUGAUCAACAAGAUUGAUUUGACUUUGGUUUCCGUUUUAAAGCAAGAAUGGCCCCACAACUGGCCUCAAUUCAUUCCUGAGAUCGUCACCUCGUCCAGAUCCUCUUUCAAUGUUUGUGAAAACAAUAUGAUUAUCUUGAAGUUAUUAAGUGAAGAAGUUUUCGACUACAGUCAAGAUCAAUUGACCCAAAGAAAGGCUCAAAACUUAAAACUCAGCAUGAAGGCCGAAUUCGAGGAAAUUUUUAAGUUAUGUUACGAGGUUUUGGAUAAAACAACUAAACCAUCAUUGAUCAUAUCUACCUUGAAUGCCUUAUUGAAAUACAUCCAUUGGAUUCCUGCCUCCUAUAUCUUCGAGACGAACUUGUUAGACAUGUUAUCAACAAAGCUUUUGAUUUCUGCCGAUACAAGAGCCAUUUCUUUGAAAUGUUUAACUGAAGUUUCCAGUUUGUCUACCACUAAUACCGACUACGAGCAAAAAUUAAUCCAGAUGUUUAGGCAAUCCAUGGAACAAAUCUAUUUAAUCAUUCCAAUUACUACCAACUUAAAGACUUCUUAUGAGGUUGCAAAUACUAAUGAUCAAUCCUUUUUGCAGGAUUUGGCAAUGUUCUUGUGCUCAUUUUUGUCCAACCAUUUAAUACCCUUGGAACAAAAUGAAGCUUUGUUAGAGCUUCUUUUGAACUCGUUGUAUUAUUUAUUGGAAUUAUCAAGAAUUGAGGAAAGAGAAUUGUUCAAAACUUGCUUAGACUUCUGGAGUACCUUCGUUCAUGGUCUCUUCUUGGAAAUCCAAAAUUUGCCUCAAAGUCAAUUGUCCCCAUUGAUGCAAUUAACUCAUGGAAACACUAUGAGAGUUGGAGGUGGAGGUGCUCCUAACCCCGCAGUUUUGGCCGAGUUUCCUCUUAGACAACAUAGAUACGACAAGGUCUUGUCUAAAUUGAGAUUGGUUAUUAUUGAAAACAUGGCCAGACCUGAAGAAGUCUUAAUCGUUGAAAACGAUGAAGGUGAAAUUGUUAGAGAAUUUGUUAAAGAGAGUGAUACAAUCCAAUUGUAUAAGUCAAUGAGAGAAGUCCUUGUGUAUUUGACUCAUUUGAAUGUCAAUGAUACUGAGCAAAUCAUGAAUGAAAAAUUGGCAAGACAAAUUGACGAAAGUGAGUGGUCUUGGCAAAAUAUCAACACUUUAUGUUGGGCCAUUGGUUCCAUCUCAGGUACUAUGAACGAAGAUAUGGAAAAGAAGUUUUUGGUUAAUGUGAUCAAGGACUUAUUAUCCUUGACUGAAAUGAAGAGAGGCAAAGACAACAAAGCCGUUGUUGCUUCUAACAUUAUGUACAUUGUCGGCCAAUACCCAAGAUUCUUGAAGGCCCACUGGAGAUUCCUCAAAACAGUGGUCAACAAGUUGUUUGAAUUCAUGCAUGAGACUCACGAGGGUGUCCAGGAUAUGGCGUGUGAUACUUUCAUCAAGAUCACAACCAAGUGUAAGAAGCAUUUCGCUGUUGUGCAACAACAAGAAAGAGAACCUUUCAUUAUGGAAAUUAUUAACAACAUUCAAUCAAUCACUGAAGACUUACAACCUCAACAGGUUCAUACAUUCUACGAGGCAUGUGGUAUCAUAAUCAGUGCACAGACCCAGAAGGAUAGUAGAGAUAAACUUUUGAGUGAUCUCAUGACUUUACCAAACAUGGCUUGGAGUACCAUCAUCCAAAAUGCUGGUCAGGACCCACAAUUAUUAACCAACUCAGAAAAUGUCAAGAUCAUUGCCAAUAUCAUCAAGACCAAUGUUGCUGUUUGUAAGGCUUUGGGUCCAGGUUUCUAUUCUCAAUUGGGAUUAAUGUAUGUGGAUAUGCUUUCCUUGUACAAGGCAGUGUCUACUAUGAUUUCUGAAUCCAUUGAAAAAGAAGGAUUGAUCUCAACCAAGACCCCUAAGGUUAGAAGCUUGAGAACAAUCAAGAAGGAAAUCUUGAAGAUGAUUGAGACUUACAUCAAUCAAUCAAAUAACUAUGAAGAAAUCGUGAGGGAUUUGUCUCAACCAUUGUUUGGUGCUGUGUUGGAAGAUUACAACUCAAAUGUUCCAGAUGCUAGGGAUGCCGAAGUCUUGAACUGUAUGACUGCCUUGGUAAACAAGACUGGUCAUUUGAUUCCUGAAGGCGUGGUUCUUAUUUUGCAAAAUGUUUUCGAGUGUACUUUGGACAUGAUCAAAAAUGACUUUGUUGAAUACCCUGAGCACAGAGUCGAAUUUUACAAGUUGCUUAAGGAAAUCAACGCUAAGUCGUUCCAAGCCUUGUUGCAAUUAUCUGGAGACGCAUUCCAAUCUUUGAUCAACGCAGCAUUAUGGGCUUUCAAGCAUAACAACAGAGAAGUGGAAGACAAUGGAUUAAUCUUAACUAUUGAGUUGAUCGAAAAUGUCGAAAAAUUGGGUGACACCACUUUUACCAAAGCCUUCUAUCAAAACUUUUACUUCCAAAUCUUAAGUGAUACCUUCUAUGUUUUCACUCAACCUGAUCAUAAAUCCGGGUUUAGAUACCAAGCACAAUUGUUGGCUCAUUUGAUUCAUUUGGUGGAGGACAAUGUCAUCAAAACUCCAUUAUAUACCAGUGAGCAAGCACCUGAAGGUACUACUAACUCAGCAUACUUGAUCCAAUACUUGGCUCAAUUAUUAUCCUCAGCUUUUGAGAAUUUGCAGAAGGAGCAAUUGCUCAACUUCUUAAACGUGUUGACUUCCAUCUACAAUGACUUAUACAAGUUUAAGGCCACCUUGAGAGAUUUCUUGGUUCAAUUGAAGGAAUUCGGUGGUGAUCCAGUUGACUACUUGUUUGCUGAUGAUAAGGAAGAGGAAAACAGACAAAAGGAAAAGAUUCAAAGGGAGAAAGAUUUGAGGGUUGGUGGUUUGAUUAAGCCAUCUGAAAUGGACGACGAAUAA